AUGGCAGCUAGGUAUGAUCUCAUCAAGUGUAUCAAUGCUGGUCCAGAGCAUAAGGUGUGGAAGCUCAAAGUACAUGUCAUUAGACUUUGGACCGUUUCUCACUUUGCAAAUUCUGGGGUGAAGGCACCUAUUGAGAUGAUUGUCCUUGAUAAAGAGGGGGAUACAAUUCAAUGCUCUAUUAAGGGCAUAUUUGUUCCUAUCUUCGAGGGCCUACCCGCUGAGGACAACGUGUACGUGGUCACUAAUUUCGCAAUUGCUUUGAAUACCAUCAAGUUCAAGCCUACUAGACACGAAUUUAGAAUCAACUUCAAGAGGAACACGAAUGUGCGUCCGGUACAAGACUCUUCAGUUUUAUUGAACGGAUUCAAUUUUGUUCCGUUCAAAAAAAUUCAUGCAAAGUCUAAAGAAGAUGGUUAUUUAGUUGGGGUCAUGGGUGUUUCCAACAUAAACUACAAUUCGAAACUAUUUAUCAAUAUUGAGUUUUUAGCUGCCAGAAAUUUCUUUACAAGGAUGAACAAAUUGGAUCCUGUUGACGGACAAAGCAUAAUACUGCUGGUCUAUGAUCAACCUGUUUCAAUUGAGAAAGAUUCUUUGCGUCUGUUAGUCUACAAAACAAUUGCCGAGAUAAAGGAGCAUAAUCAGAAUGUUGUAUUUGUUACUGCUGGGACAAUUAAGGAAGUUGAGACCGAGUUUGGUUGGUGGUACAAAGGAUGUAAGAAGUGUCGUCGUGGCUUAAGAAAACUUGAGAAAAGAUAUUUCUGUCCCAAUUGCGUUGAAGACUACGUGUUUUAUGUGCCAAGAUUACUACAAGUCAAAGAACAGUGUGUCGAGAAACUGCUAUAUAUCUAUGACACAGAAAAUGAGAUUGAUAAUCGAAUAGGCACACUUCGCUCCAAUAAAGCUAUAAAUGAGCGGAAUAGGAAAAUUGUUGCAAUAUUAAGAAAUAUGCUAGACAAAUAUAAUAGUUUGGCAAAGAAUUUUCGCUAUGUAAGAGAUAGGUACCAACAGGAAAAUUAUACAAACAUAAAGUUUAAGUUGAUUAGUAAAAGAACUAAAGAUAGCAUGACAUACGACUUGCCAUCUGCAUCUGAAGUGGCUGCAUUGAUUGUUGGCGAUGUCGAACAACUUAGCAAAGAUAGAGAUAUUAUUAUAGAGAGUCAAUCUAGAAGCUCCAGCGGAUUGAUGGAGGAUGGAUUUCGUUUGGGUAUUACAACAUUAGAUUCUAUCUCUGCUAGGCCUACAAAGAAAAACAAAAUCACUUUGCGACAAUUCUUUGCUUUUCGACUACAAAAAAGGACAGGUGAAUCUCCGUUAAUUCUGAGAUCAAAGAGAUUAUUCCAACAGUUUCUGGUAGAUGCCUACACAAUGGUGGAAUCAGAGAAGUUAAAAUUCUUUAGGUGUAAACAACCACAGUUGAGGGUUGAUAAAUACAAAUGUCUGCAUGAAAGUCUUAUAAUCGGAGAUGUAGAUGCUGCAAGGCUUGGCAAAAGAAUCAUUCUUCCUAGUACUUUUACCGGUGGACCUAGAUAUGCAGGAUACCCUAGCUAUUUUAUCACCAUGACCUGUAACCCUGAAUGGGAUGAGAUAAAAAGAGAAGUGACUUCCAUUGGAUUGAAGGCAGAAGACCGUCCUGAUAUAUUGUACGUUUGCACUGUAGGGUUUCAAAAGAGAGGGCUUCCACAUGCACAUAUCCUUUUAUUCAUGAGUAACGAGUUCAAGCCACAAACACCAGAUGACAUAGAUAAACAUAUAACAGCUGAGAUUCCUGAUAAAAAUGAAAGGCCAAAUCUACAUGGAGCUGUUCAAAAUUACAUGGUACAUGGUCCAUGUGGUCCGUACAACAAGAAUUCACCUUGCAUGAAGAAUGGAUCCUUGAAGAAAAGGAAAUGUGUACUAGACAAUAAGUUCAUUGUUCCGUAUAAUCCAGAAUUGUUGCUCAAGUUCGGGUGCCACAUAAAUGUGGAAUACACAUGUCAAACAAGUUCUAUUAAGUAUCUGUUUAAGUAUAUACACAAGGGUAAUGACUGCGUAACAGCUACUCUAUACAAUGCUGGUGAUAUGUCAGAAGCCACACAAGUUGUUGACGAAAUUAGGAAUUACUACAAUUGUAGGUACAUUUUGGCAUGUGAGGCAGUCUGGCAUCUAUUUGGAUACGAAAUCCAAGAGAAAGAACCAUUUGUGAUUAGACUUCCAUUCCAUUUGGAGGAUGAGCAACCUUUGAUUUAUGGUGAAACUUCUAAUGUGAAUGAUAUCGUCGAAAGAGCAAUAUCUCAUAAGUCUAUAUUUUUGGGAUGGAUGGCGGCGAACAUGUCAUAUCCCUAUGCUCGAAGUCUGACUUAUCCCGAGUUUCCAACCAAGUUUGUUUGGAAGGACGAUUCUUCAAAGUGA